AUGGUGCACUCCAAGGUCGUUAUCAUUGGCUCCGGCCCCGGCGCACACACUGCUGCCAUUUACCUCUCUCGCGCUGAACUCCAGCCCGUCCUGUACGAGGGUAUGCUCGCCAACGGCACCGCCGCCGGAGGUCAACUGACUACCACCACCGACGUCGAGAACUUCCCCGGUUUCCCCGCUGGAAUCGGUGGUGCCGAGCUGAUGGACAGCAUGCGCAAGCAGUCCGAGCGUUUUGGUACCGAGAUCAUCACCGAGACCAUCUCAAAGCUGGACCUCUCUUCUCGCCCCUUCAAGAUGUGGACUGAGUGGAACGAUGCCCCUGGCAGCGAGCCCGUCCGCACCGCCGACGCCGUCAUCAUCGCUACUGGCGCCAAUGCCCGCCGCCUCGACCUGCCCGGCGAGGAGAAGUACUGGCAGAACGGUAUCAGUGCCUGCGCUGUUUGCGAUGGUGCUGUUCCUAUCUUCCGUAACAAGCCUCUCUACGUCAUUGGUGGUGGUGACUCCGCUGCUGAGGAGGCUAUGUUCCUUGCUAAGUACGGUAGCUCUGUUACUGUGCUUGUUCGCAAGGACAAGCUCCGUGCUAGUAACAUUAUGGCUGAGCGUUUGCUCGCUCACCCCAAGUGUACUGUUCGCUUCAACACUGUUGCCACCGAGGUCAUUGGUGAGAGCAAGCCUAACGGUCUGAUGACUGGUCUCCGUGUUAAGAACACCGUCGAUGGUGCUGAGGAGAUCGUCGAGGCUAACGGUCUGUUCUACGCUGUUGGUCACGAUCCCGCCAGUGCCCUGGUUAAGGGCCAGAUUGAUCUGGAUGAUGAGCAAUACAUCGUUACCAAGCCCGGUACCAGCUUCACCAGUGUGGAGGGUGUCUUUGCUUGUGGUGACGUUCAGGAUAAGCGUUACCGCCAGGCUAUCACCAGUGCCGGAUCCGGCUGUGUCGCCGCUCUGGAAGCCGAGAAGUACAUCUCCGAACUUGGCGAGGUCCCCGAGCCUGCCAAGGAAAAGAUCUAA